GAACAGCUGGGCGGGUUCUGACCAAAACGAGCUCCGCUGCUUGAUCCUCAACUGUCGAGCGUGCCUCUGGGGUUGGUGAGGCGCGCCGCAUUGCGAGGGUCAUUGGGAGGCGGAGGCCGGUAGUGCGGCCAGCACCGCGCUGUCCAAAUUGCGAGCACAUGCCCCGCCAUCGCCCCAUCGCCUGCUCAAGGUUUCCCGGCAGCAGGGCGCUCGCCCCUCGCCCCUCGCCCCUCGCCCCUCGCCCAUGCCCCUGCGCCUCUCCCGGUGCCGCGUCGCCCACAUGCUCCUCCGCGCGCCCUUCCAUCGCUCCCCGCGCGCGCUCGCCGCACCGCCACGCAACUGCGCGUCCUCGCCCACUGCGUCGCACGGCCCCGUCGCUCGUUCUCCGCAGACUAGUUCUGCGACGCCUGCGAUCGGCCACUGCAUCGCGACAAGCAACAGACGUCGCACGGUCGCCUGCGCCCUGCGGGCUGCGCUUGCGCCCGCCGCUCCUCGCCCCCGCUGCUGCGCCCCUGCACUCGCUGCCGUGUGCCCCCCGUCCCUUGCGCCUGCGGCUUCGUCUCCGCUCCGUGCGCGGGCAUUCUCAGCGGCGGGCGCAGGCGCCGAGGGGGUCGGGAGGGCGGAUGGCGGAGCGCGGGACGGCAGUGCGAUGGGGCGGAGGCUAGUGUUGGGAGCAGCGGCGGGGGCGCGGAGGGAGCGGAGGGGUUUUGGAGGAAUCGCCUCUGCGGGGCAUGGAGAGGUGGCGCGCGCAGCCAUGGCGGAGGGCGCAGUGCUGCGCGGAGGAGAGGCCGGAGGGGCGCGAGGGAUGGGGGUGAUGGAAGGUGCGGCGGGGGUAGCGGGGGUAGCGCGGCGGGGCGUGGUUCACGCAAGGUGGGGCGGGGGGGAAGGCGCGGAGGGGCAGCGCGCGGUGGUGCUGUGGGACUUGGACAACGUGCAGCCGGAGCGCGCCGAGCCGUUCGACGCGGCGCUGCGGCUGAGGGACCUGGCGGCCAGCUUCGGGUCGCCCGUGGACGUGCUGGCGUACGCCAACCGCCACGCCUUCGACUUCGUGCCCGCGUGGGUGCGCGAGGAGCGGCGCGCGCGGCGCGAGGAGGAGCGGCUGGAGGCGCAGGGGCUGCUGCAGCGCGCCGAGCCGCUCACAUGCCAGCUGUGCGGGCGGCGGUGCAGCAGCGCGGCGGCGCUGAGGAAACACUUCGUGUCGCUGCACAAGCGGGAGCACGAGAAGCGCUUGCAGCACCUCAAACACGCCAGCCCCAAGCGGCAGCGGCGGCUGCGCGAGGUGUAUCGCGGCAAGCAGCAGCGGUACCAGGAGGCGGUGCGCGGGGUGGUGCAGCCGAAGCGCGGGUACGGGCUCAUGCCCGAGCUCAGACGGGCGGGCGUCGUCGUGCGGCUGGUCAGCCAGCAGUCGCAG